UUGAAACAGAAUGGUUGUGGAAAUUGAGAGAUUUUUCGGCUGUUAUUUACUUCUGAAUAUUAAUCCUGACUUUAAAGACCGAACCUACAUUGGUUACACUGUAGACCCUAGAAGAAGGAUUGGACAGCAUAAUAAAGGGAAGCAAUUUGGAGGAGCUAAACGCACUCAUGGACGAGGACCAUGGGAAAUGGUUCUCAUUGUGUACGGCUUUCCGAAUAACAUCUCAGCAUUAAAGUUUGAAUGGGCGUGGCAGAAACCGAAACUCUCCCGCCGUCUCCGGCAUGUUCCCGGUAAGCGCAAGGAUGAGAAGCGUUUCAUUUACGACCUGCGUGUUCUGUCUAACAUGCUGAAGACUGCUCCAUGGAGUAGGCUACCACUGACCAUACAAUGGCUGAAACAGGAAUACAUGAGGGAGUUUGAGGACGGGCUGCAGCCGCCGCCACACAUGCCUAUUGCAUUUGGACCUGUUACUUCAAUAAAGAUGCAUUCAUCAAAAAAGAAGAAAGGCUCACCGAGGAAGAAGAAAGCAAAAGAUGCAGGAAGUUCCUCGGACAUGUCGGAGGAAGUAAGCCAAGAUGCAGCACAGAAGGAAUCUGAUGAUAUGAUUAGUAUGACUCAGACUGUCCAUAAACGAUGUGAUCUCUGCAUCAAACGAAUACAGGAUGUAGAAUCCUCGCUAAGCUGCGUGCAUCCAGCCUGCUCUAUGAUAGUACACACUAUCUGUCUGGCGACUAAAUUCCUCAAGCGUUCAUCAGAGACUGACCAGCUGCUACCAGUGGAUGGGAACUGCCCGGUCUGUAAGAAUAACGUCUUAUGGGGAGAUCUCAUACGGAAGAAACAAGGUUGCUACUCCAAUCUAUCUGCUUCAGAGAAUGAAGAUUCAGAAGACCACUGGGCUGAGGAUCUAAGACUAUGAUCUCCGUUUUGAGAAGAACGGGGGCUGAAACGAUCAGUAUUAUUAUGAAAAUAUAAGCAGGUAGGAACUACAAACCCACUCCAUGUGCCAGGCAAUAAACCCAACAGCCGAGUUCACAUAUUGCUAGGAUGAAUUCUAUCUCCACUCGUCCAAACUUAGGAUGGGUUCAUUGCGUCCUAACGUCUAUGAAUACAGACCUAUUACUCAAAGAAAUUUACGUGGCAGUAUUUUCUGCUAAACACUAGCUCAAUGAAAUUGGUUCCUGAUUCAGAAGUAAUUUACACUUGCAGUACAAAAUUUUAACUUAAAACUCAACAUAAAUCUUUAUUAUGAAUCUCCAUGUACAAUUUCUACUAACGGACAAAAUUAGGGGAAACGUCAUGCAACCAAAUUUGCCAAGAAAAUGAUGGCGGCAACUGAUUUAGCCUUGAUGUUUGAUAUAAAAUGAAUUGAAUUUUUCAAGCCUGGAAUUACACGGAGGCCUCAGAGGCUAUGACCUCUGUUGCCCUGGUCUUGGCCUUGGUGCCCCUUCAAACGUUUUUAUAGACUUUGAGAUAUACCAAUGGAAGUGCCCUUGGCAAAAGUGAAAAUGGCCUUGCCCUCUCAAAGAUGAACUUAAUUUUAACUUAUAAUGGCCUCACACACUAACUUCACAACAAUCAACUUCACUAUUAUUUAUGUGAAAAAAAUGUAACAAAGUAGUCCCGGAAUAUUGUAUAGUUUGACCCACUAUAAAAUAAAAGGCUUUUUGCAAUAUUUUUCAAGUUCUUUUUCUGUAUAUACGUACUUCAGUGAUUUAAUUUAAAUACUUAAUGUACAUAUUUAGCAGUGUUUCCCAAAAGUGCAAUGUUGCCAUUCUAUAAAUUGAAUUGAAGAGCUUUAUAAUGACUGAACAUUUUGUAGAGCCAUUAUUUAAAACAUUUCAUCAUGUAGAAUUAAAAUACCGAGUCAAACUUGUCACACAAAACUAUGAAUUUUUGCAUCAACAUAUUUUCCAUAGAUGGUUGUUGCCUGUUAUUCAAAACACUUUUUCUGUUAGGAAAUCUAAAGUAGAAUUUGAACAUUUUAUACAUUUGUAUUUUUUUCAAUUGUAUAACUCCACAUUGUAACAUGAGAUUUGAUUCUUCUUUAAAAGUUUAAAAGGGAUAAUAAUCUGACUUAUGAUACACAAAAUAAAACUUCAAACGAUUGGAAAUCUGAUAAUACAUGCUGCAGUGUGUCAUUCUAUGUAUCAGGAAUAAAGAAUAUAUUGUUUUUACCCUUACACCCAAGUGCAUAACGCACUGUCUCGGUACUUUCCCCCACAAAAAAAUCCCCAGGCAAGUCGACUCCAUUUGAAACCAUGACCUUUGCAUUGCUAAGCAUUGCCUAAUUUCAUAGAGCUGCUAAGCACAAAAUUUCCAUUUGUCGCAUAUU